AUGACUGAAUUAGUUGGAACAUGGAAAUAUCUUGAAAGUUCCAAUGUGGAAGAAUUGUCUAGUGAAUUAGGAACUCCUAAUGAUGUAUAUAAUAUUAUCAAUAAAAUGAAAUCAAAUAUGAUCAUAGAUUUGAAUGAUAACGAAGUACGUAUAAAAAUGAUAAUAUGUGAUCAAGAACUGGAUCAAUCAUUUGAAUUGGGUCAAGAAGUUGAAGAAUUAACAUUUGAUGGACGAAUCGUUCGAGCUAUUGUGACCAUUGAAUCAGACAAGAAAAUGGUACAUGUACAAAAACAUGGCUUUACGGAAACUGUCAUUACACGUGAAGUUGAUGGCGACACACUGAUGACAACAAUAAAAUCUCAGCAGCAUGUAGCAACUAUCAAGUAUCAACGUGUUUGACGUGAUCAUUGGUAAAUGUUUCAUUGUUUAGUACUUUAAAUAAAUGAUGUUUAAAUAAAUAAACAUAUGAUGUUACACUACAGUUUACUUAUAUAGUACUUUAUUGGUUACAAUGAAAUUGUUAAUUUAUACCCUACAAUAACUACUCAAUGAAUAUAACUUUGAUAAUAGAAUCGUAAUUUUCUAAUUAAAAGUAAAAUAAAAUCAAUUCAGGAAAUAUUAUAUUGAUUUGUAUUGAUUUUCAAUAUGUUUGAUUAUGUUUGUAAAGAUGUGAUAUUGUAGUGAGCGGAAACAUAAGCAGAGAAUACAGAAACCCAUAGUAAAAUCUGAGAACCAUACAGUAAAUGCUUCAUUUGUAAGAUGUCUAUCAAUUGUCUCAGACUUUAUUGUUCCUUCAUUUUUAUACCAAUCACUCUCUGUUCUCAUUCUCUUUUCUUUGAUCUCAACCUUCUAUUGCCAAGCAUCCCACUGUCGAUUGGUGAUACAUAUUAUUUAUAUCUAUCGACAUCAUUAGCACACACCACAAUAUAAAUGUGACUUUACAACGUAUUUAUAAAUAUUGUCAAUGUUUAGGAUUAAAGUGUACACUAACUGAUUACGGGAUGGUAAUCAACGUUGUAUUUAUCUAGUCUUUUGUAUUGAUCAAAAUAUACUAUUACAACUCAAUAAGGAAUUAGUGUGCAUAUCUUUGUCCUACAAGAGGUCAGUUACCACUCUAAUGGUUCACACCUUUCUGGUGAAAGUCUUCAACCAACUAAUAUUAAUGGAGUUAUUAUA